AUCGAUGCCAACUCCUCUUCCCGAGCAAUCGCCCUGAUGCCAAGUUGCCAGUAGAGGGAGGGUGAAAGGCGAGCGCUUUGGCGUCCGGCGGGGCGAGCCCAAAAAAACGAGCAGGGGGGAGCGGUUAAAAAGCGGGCAAAAAAAGGGGAGACGCCGCGAGCGGCAGACAGACAGGCAGGCAAGGCCAAAGGCGGGGGCGGAGCGCGAGAGGCGACGCGAGAGGAGGAGGAGGCGGUGCUGUGCUGUGCUGCGGUGGCCUUGCCAUGGUUAUAAAAAGUAACGGAGCGCGACGCGGGUAGAAUCCGGAAGGCCCGCCGCUGCCCCCUUCUUCCUUCCCGUCCCACACACGCCGCCAGCCGCCGCCGCCGCCGCCGCCGGUGCCGGUGCGGCUCGCUUCCUUCCCCCCGGGUCCGCGCGGGCUGCCUGCGGGAGCAGGGAGGCAGGGCACGCGGCAACCACGUGGGGAGGCGACGACACCACCCUAUGAUCUGUCCUCGCCCGCAGGGUAAGCAGCAGUGAAUUUGGGAGCUUGAGGUGUUCAUCUGAGACAUGGAAAAAGUGACCUGUCGGGCAUAUCUCCUUCAAUGCAAGCAGUUCUUUUCAAAAGAAACUCUUGAUUGGUGUGUCUUAGCUCGUGGGAACACCCAUCUCUCCUCUCUGGUGAACUACACAUAGCUGCUAUAUGCUUCUCUAUGCUCAUCAACAAGCAGGCUGAUGUGAUAUUUUCCUGAAGUUACUAUAUUUCAGUCUAUGCCAGACAUCUACAUGGUUAAUAUCUUCGCUGUGUUCAGCCGACAUCUGUUGCUGCCCUAGUUAGUUGUUUUGUCUUUUGUGUUCUAUCUGAGGUCAAGGCUCAUCCUUGCUACCCUUUGCAACUUCAUGCUAUGGUUGCAGUGGGCUUGUAGUGGAACAGAAUCCUACAUACUGAGACCAUAUCCUAUUUGCUAAUUGCAGGCAAGAGAUUGAUCAGCUAGAACUUGGCAAACAUUUGCCUGUGUUGGCUGUUCAUAUUUCUCUGGACUCGGUUAUUCUGUAGGAUACCACAACAAUGGAUAGAUUCAAGUUGAUUAAGGAAGUUGGCGAUGGGACUUUCGGGAGUGUAUGGCGUGCUAUAAAUAAACAGAAUGGUGAAGUUGUUGCUGUUAAGAAAAUGAAGAAAAAGUAUUAUUCUUUUGAGGAAUGUAUGAGUUUGCGUGAAGUAAAGUCUUUGCGUCGCAUGAAUCAUCCUAACAUUGUGAAGCUCAAAGAGGUUGUCAGGGAAAAUGAUAUAUUAUACUUCAUAAUGGAAUACAUGGAGUGUAACCUCUACCAACUUAUGAAAGAUAGGGUCAAGCCUUUCUCGGAGUCUGAAGUCCGCAACUGGUGCUUUCAGAUUUUUCAGGCUCUUGCUUACAUGCACCAGAGGGGCUACUUUCAUCGUGACCUCAAACCUGAGAAUCUGUUGGUUAGCAAAGAUGUCAUAAAGCUAGCAGACUUUGGUCUUGCAAGGGAAGUCUCAUCAUUGCCACCAUAUACAGAAUAUGUCUCAACUCGCUGGUAUCGGGCACCAGAAGUCUUGCUCCAGUCAUCUGCUUAUGAUUCUGCAGUUGAUAUGUGGGCAAUGGGUGCCAUAAUGGCUGAGCUGUUGACACUCCAUCCUCUCUUUCCUGGAACCAGUGAAGCGGAUGAGAUUCACAAGAUAUGCAAUGUUAUCGGUAGUCCAGAUGAACAAUCUUGGCCUCAAGGAUUGUCUCUUGCAGAAGCAAUGAAGUAUCAGUUCCCACAGAUCAAAGGCAGUCAACUGUCCGAGGUGAUGACAACAGCUAGUAGCGAGGCAAUUGACCUCAUCUCAUCACUAUGCUCAUGGGAUCCUAGCAAGAGACCAAAGGCCACAGAGGUCCUCCAGCAUGCCUUCUUUCAGGGUUGUACAUCUGUUCCACUUCCUGUCCGUCCAAAAGCUCCUAAAACACCUCCAUGUGUUGGAGCAAAAGGAAUUUCAGAGAACAGUGUCGCUAGAAGAUUCUCAACUGGAACUCUAUCAACGUUGAAGUCUCAUAGCAAUGCAUCCGCAAAAUUAAACAGUUUAUCUAAGACUGGUGUCCAACGAAAACUUCACUUGGAUCGGCAGUCAUCACAUAAGAGUACAAAACCAACCGAGAAUAGCAAUAAACUAACUACAAAUCGGGUACCAGCUCGGAAUAGCCCAGGGAAUCCUGUACUUAGGCAUUCACGCAGCUUGCCUGAAACUGGUCGAGGAACAAUCCAAAAGGUCUCAUCAAUUACAGAGAAACUAUCCCAGAUGUCUGUGACCUCGAGAACACGAAGCACUGUGAAGCCUGCUGCCCCGGUGCUGAAGGCCGGACAUGGUAAGUCGGACUUUCUUGGGAAGUCUGACGAUAUCCCUCCAGCAAAGAGGCUGACAAGAAAAUUGGUCAGCUAAAUGAGGAUAUGUAGAGUGAAAAUUCGAUCAGCUGCAGGAGGGGAAUAGUGUAUAGUGCGCAGAAACCAGUGUGCCCAAGAGGAUAGCUCAGCCUGAGUGUUUGCCUGUUUACGGUUGUGUGGAUUUGCCAUCGCCACAGUUUUGCUGCGUCGAGACAUCUUAGAAUGGGUUUGCAAAUCCUUUGUGAAGUGCUAGAGCCUGCAUCAAGCCUUCCCCUCUUCCGGGCCGUUGUUGAUCUGCUUGUUGCCUGCAUCAAGCUUGCCCCCCCAAUGUUUUAAUAAACAUGAUUGUGCUAUUAAUUUGAUUUGGUUUGUCUUGCACCAA